AUGGUACACUACCUGGUCAAGAAGAUUCUGUCAGAGCCUGGUUCUCACACCACUCAGAGAUUCUGUCAGAGCCUGGUUCUCACACCACUCAGAGAUUCUGUCAGAGCCUGGUUCUCACACCACUCAGAGAUUCUGUCAGAGCCUGGUUCUCACACCACUCAGAGAUUCUGUAACCCAGCAUCCAACCACAGCAAGCGAACUAUAAAACAGAGGUUCCUCAAGCUGCUGCCCUGCUGUCGCUCCAGAACCGCCCCCUCACUCAGUCAAAACAGUGUAGUGGAGGAUGGGGAGUUAUCUACAGUGUGUUAUAGACCAGAGGGGUUGGACCAGCUACUACAACAGACUAAGUUCACCAGGAGAGAACUACAGAUCCUCUACAGGGGCUUCAAGAAUGAAUGUCCUAGUGGUGUGGUGGAUGAAGAGACAUUCAAGUUAAUCUACUCCCAGUUCUUUCCUCAGGGAGACUCCAGCACCUACGCUCAUUUUCUGUUUGAAGCAUUUGACACCCACAAGAAUGGUUCUGUGAGCUUCGAAGACUUCGUCACAGGCCUGUCAAUCAUCCUGAGAGGCUCUGUCACAGAGAAACUCAACUGGGCUUUUAACCUCUAUGACCUCAACAAAGAUGGCUUCAUCACCAAAGAGGAGAUGACUGAUAUAAUGAGCUCUAUCUAUGAUAUGAUGGGGACGUGUACGUACCCCUGUAUGCAGAACGACGCCCCAAAGCACGUCGACAUCUUCUUCCAGAAAAUGGACAAGAACAAAGAUGGCGUGGUCACCAUUGAGGAAUUUCUGGAGUCUUGUCAAAAGGAUGAGAACAUCAUGCAGUCCAUGCAUCUGUUUGACAACGUCAUUUAGUGAUACUUCCUGUGGGUGUGGCCUAAAGGACAGCGUUCCCAUAUUUAGCCCCAUAGCCUCCACCUCUAGCUCCCCUCUAUCCCCAAACACAGACUCAUUAAGGCUGUCAGGGGGGUAAAAGGUACCCCUCCAUGGAUCUCCACUCUCCCAUCCAUCCCUAGGCCCUAGACCCCCCCCCUCCAAAAAAAGAGACACCCCUACCUGGGAAGAUCAGACAACAGUUAGGUGGGCAAUAGGUACCCCUCCAUGGGUCUCCACUCUCUCAUCCACCUCUAGCCCAUCUCUGCUCCCCAAAAGAGACACCCCUACCUGGGAAGGUCAGACAACAGUUAGGGGCUCAAGAGCCACGCUGUGUUGGAGACCAUAGCACUCAUUCUAUAUGACAUCACAUUCUCACUAUGCAAUAAUGUCCUUUAUUCUCUAUUACUAGUUGGACAAAAUGGUGGACUCAAAAGGCUUUAAAUCAGGCAAUAAUCUCACUGCCUGGUCUGAACUUGUUAACUGUGAGAUAUAUUAUUAUCAGUCAACGAACGUUCUAGAAUGUUCCAUCUCUCAAUGUUUUGGAAUGGAAUCCCCUGGCUGACGCAAUUACCCACAACCCUCCAAACAUCCAUAUUGUGUCCUAUUCACCUCAUUGUCUAUGGAAAUAUGGGCGGUGU